AUGGACGACUCCCAAUACCGUUGUGAGGAAGAGAAACGACUACAUGAGGAUCGGAAGCGAAUAAAAUACUGGAAAAAAUGGGGACCAUAUGUCGCAGAAAGACAGUGGGCAACAGCUAACAAUUUGAACGGCUCAGUCCGUGAGGACUAUUCAUCGAGAACAUACCGUUGGGGAGAGGACGGAAUUGCCGGAGUAUCAGAUACCCACGGUCUCCAGAAUAUAGCCUUCGCCUUCUGGAAUGAGAAAGAUGAUUUUCUCAAAGAGCGGCUUUUUGGACUAUCUAACCCACAAGGAAACCAUGGUGAAAGCAUCAAAGAAGCUCAUUUCCACUUGGAUAAUACUCCAACACAUUCAUACAUGAAAUAUUUGUACAAAUAUCCACAAAAGAAAUUCCCUUAUCAAGAUCUUGUGGAAGAAAAUGCAAGGCGUGGGAAACAGGAUAGGGAGUACCAGAUUCUUGACACAGGAAUUUUUGACGAUAAUCGCUACUGGGACAUCUUUAUUGAAACAGCAAAAGAGGAUGAAGACGAAUUGCUCUUUCGUGUCAUCGCGUACAACCGGGGCCCGGAACCCGCUCCGUUACACAUCAUCCCGCACGUUUGGUUUAGGAACACAUGGGGAUGGGGCCGCGAGAAUGGAAAAAAACCGUCACUCAAAAAGAUUGGCCCAUUAACUGUCCAGUCAGACCACUGCAAGAUUGGUACUCGAUAUGUCCAACUAUCGCCAUCACCCCCCACUGCCGAUAGCGCGAAAGAGAAUGUCGUGCCUCGUUCUCUAUUCACUGAAAACGAAAGUAAUGCCAAAUUUCUGUAUGGUACAGACAACGAGCAGCCAUAUGUUAAGGAUGCCUUUCAUAGGUAUAUCGUUGACGAAGAGAAGGAAGCCAUUAAUCCAGAGUGUCAGGGCACCAAGUUUGCGGCAUGGUAUGCUUUCGAUGAAGGAGAUGGCGUCCCUCCUGGGGAAUGCGCUGUUGUUCGAUUCCGCAUAUCCAAAAGGAAUGAUCUCUAUGUGGAUGAGGAGGUUUUGGAUAAUAUUAUCGAAAAGCGCAUUGAAGAAGCCGACGACUUUUACUACCGCAUCAGCCCUUUGCCGAUGGCAGAUGAUUUGAGGAACAUUCAGCGACAAGCUCUUUCUGGGAUGAUGUGGACAAAACAGCAUUAUCAAUUUAUAUGGGACCAGUGGGCAGAAGGUGACCCAGGGUUGCCGCCGCCUCCGUCGGAAAGAAAAGCAAUUCGCAAUCAGAAGUGGAAGCACUUGCAUAUCGAUGAUGUCUUGUCCAUGCCUGAUUCAUGGGAGUACCCUUUCUUCGCUGCAUGGGACACUGCUUUUCAUUGCAUUCCCCUUGCUAUGGUGGAUCCCGAGUUUUCUAAGAAACAGCUUGACCUCCUUACUAGAGAAUGGUACAUGCAUCCUAAUGGACAGAUUCCGGCCUACGAAUGGAACUUUGGCGAUGUCAACCCUCCGGUACACGCUUGGGCAGUUUUCCGAAUCUUUAAAAUUGAAAGAAAAAUGUAUGGGCGACAGGAUCUGGAUUUCCUGGAAAGGGUGUUCCAAAAGUUGCUCAUGAAUUUUACAUGGUGGGUUAACAGAAAAGAUUUCGACGGCAAAAAUAUUUUCGAGGGCGGUUUCCUAGGCUUGGACAAUAUUGGUCUUUUCAAUAGAUCGGAACCGUUACCAACAGGCGGUGUCCUCGAACAGGCCGACAGCACUGGAUGGAUGGCAUUUUACUCUCUCUCGAUGCUUAACAUCGCACUGGAAUUGGCAAAGCACCGAAGGAUAUAUGAAGACAUUGCUUCAAAAUUUUUCGAGCACUUCAUCCUGAUCAGCGACGCGAUGACUUUCAGGGUUGGAAACGAACAAUCGUCUUUAUGGAACGAAGAGGAUGGGUUCUAUUACGAUGCGAUUUCUUAUGGGGGCCCGUGGAGCCAUCAAUUACCUGUCCGAUCCCUUGUGGGAUUAAUACCGCUAUACGCUGUGCUUACCCUGGAACCAGAGCUUAUCAACAAGUUUCCUGAUUUCAAGCGACGAAUGAAUUGGUUUAUUGAUAACAAAUUCGACGUCGCUGAACGUAACAUAGCUAGCAUGAAGCGCCGCGGUAAGGACGACAGACGUCUUCUCUCUCUGGUGAGCAAAGAUAGGCUGGAGAAGAUCCUCAAACGAAUGCUUGACGAGACCGAAUUCCUUGCAGACCAUGGGAUACGCUCCAUGUCGAAAUAUCAUUCCGAACACCCCUAUUCAAUGGAAGUGAAUGGCCAAGAAUUCAAAGUAGGAUAUGUGCCAGGUGACUCCGACAGCGGACUCUUUGGCGGCAAUAGCAAUUGGAGAGGACCGAUCUGGCUCUGUGUCAAUUUUUUGCUGAUCGAGUCGCUUCUGAGGUUUCAUAUGUUUUAUGGGGAUUCAUUCCGAAUUGAAUGUCCAACUGGCUCUGGAGACUAUAUGAACUUGGGCCAGGUGGCUGAAGAAAUCCAACAUCGUUUGCAGCACCUCUUUGUCAGGGGUGAUGAUGAUCGAAGAGCUGUCAAUGGUGGAAACGAUAUCCUUGAUUUUGACCCCCACUGGAAGGAUUUUCUCUGGUUUCAUGAAUUUUUUGAUGCGGAUACUGGUCGAGGCCUUGGGGCUUCUCAUCAGUGCGGCUGGACUGGCCUGAUCGCAAAAAUGAUACAUGAUACCGGAAUUACCUGCCGCCUCCCACAUACUCCACGAACCCCGGUUACCGCCGCUUCACACUACUUCGACGAUAUAUUAUCCCGCUUUUCAAAGCCCCGGCCCUCCAAAUCCCAAAUGCUCCGCCGAUCCUCAACCAGUCGCUCCAUUGGCCAACGAAGCAGUUUCGCCAGCACCCAGGCUGGUGAUGAGAGCGUAAGCAUGUACCCGUUUGAGUCGAGCCCAAGAAUGCUAGGUGAGGAUGAUACUCCUGGCGUUAAUGAGCAAACGAGGAAUUACGUCCAUGAACAGGUUGAGUUUCUGGCGAGGCGAGUUUCAGUCGGUGUAUACGAGGAUGAGUUUAAGGCUGGAGCUGAUGAACAAGAAUGAUUGGUGCAACUUGAUUGCUCUUUGGCGCCAAGGGUUGGCUAGAUUCGCGAGUAGACUUAUUUUAUACAAACCCUAAGUAUACAUAUAUGUCAGGGAUGUGGACAGUAAAUACCCCUUAAUGCGAAAAAGCUGGAGCGAUCUAGUUAUAUCAAGGAUCAAGUUUCAC